CUGAAGCCAAGGACGGUUAGAAACCUAUAAGAGGCCAUGCAGGAGCGCCAUUGAAUCAGUAGAAAUCAUCGAAGCAUCGAAACUACUUCAGAGCAUCCAAGCAUCAUGAUCCUCUCAACGGCUCUUCUCCUCGUCCUCUCUCAACAAGCCUUUUUCGGUCUCGCGGAACCGAAAGGAAUUCAAACGGGGCCCUCGUCCAGGCAAAGUGGGAGUGAUUAUGGUGAAGAGGUGGAGGGAUUCUUUGAGGGGUUAUUUGAUGUAGCCGGCGUGGCUGCCAUUGGAGCUGCAAUAGCCAAGUAUGGCAGCUUUUGA